CGAAGAAAAGAACCGGAUCCGGAUUGACUGACCUCAGAGGGGUGAUGAUGUCAUUUUCGCAUCAUGGAGGGUUUCUAGCACUGUCGCCCACAUAUCAGGCACAGGGGGAAUUAUUAAUGUCGGAAAAAGGUUCACGUCUAGGUGGUGCUGUCGGAGUUUUGUUCAACUUACUCGACUCGGUAUGUGGUGGGUCUCUUCGCAGUCGAUCCGGUCAUGAUGAAGCUGUGGAGUUGCGGAUGGAUGACUUGCUUGCCCUAAUUCAUCAUGAUCAAUGGUUUAUGCUUGGACUCCCACUGGGGGAUUCUUUAUUUGAUUUAUUUCUAUUUUCCUGGAUAUGGACAUGUAUAUAUAUAUUUCUAUAUUCAAUCAUUUAUCGAGAGUUAGUGAACACUGGUUGCAAUUGAAAGGGUGUGUCGCGACAUAUAAUUCUACUGGGACACAUCUCAGGACAAG